ACAGUUUUCCUGUAGACGCGAAUAUAGCUUGUCUUGUAUUAUAUAUUGUAGUCUUGUUUAAUAAAAUAUAUUUUUUUUUUAUGUGCCUAUCAAGAAACUAGUUUAAACAGAAGAUCUACCCGUUAUUGCUUAUAAUAAAAUGUAUUCGCAUCAACAGAUAAAUUGUUUGCAAUGGUAAAGUAUUCAAAUAUAUAUUUCAAUUGAUAUUUUUGAGUCACCAGACUCCCGAAUUACUCGCUCCAUCUCGCAGAAAUAAUAAGAAAUUCAACACAUUAUUAGUUGAUCUGAUUAAAAUGAAAGAAGAUUAUCAGAAUCUCAGUUCUAUAGAUUGAAAUGCAGGACUAUUAAAAUAACUAGAUUGUCAAGUCCUAUGAUUAAGAAUUUAACAGGAGCUACGUGCAACUUCAUAUAUAAACCUUGACGAUGGUUGCAACACUCUCAGUACGACUCUAGUCGCUUUGCCGGUUGGAGCAGGCGCGUCAACGACGCCGGCACACGGAGAGGGCGAGAGAGGCAACUCGAGAGGAACCCGAUAGACAUGUGGACCGAGUGAAUGCAGUGUUCUGUGACGUAAUAGUGAACCUAUUAGACAAACAAUACAAUCGUGGAGGAGUACAAUGGAUGCCAAAAGCCCGAUCUCAACGCCCGAUUGGCACAUACCGCGGCCGUCGUUGUCAGGCAGCAGUGCAUCCGGGAGCAUCAAAGACUCAAGGUCACGUGGUGGCUCGGCAUCCAGCCAAGGCUCUUCUAGUAACCAGAGCACUCAUAGUGUAUCGUCUGGCUCGUUCCUACUAAAUGCGGCACACUUAGCUCGAAUGCAAGGGAAUGCAAUACAAGAAGAAUACAGAAGUUACAACGUACCAGAUAUGUAUGGGAAAAAGAGUGGGCUUGCUCAAGCGAUAGUAGCGAUUCCGGAGGAGACGCGCGACCAGACUGAUGCGUUUUGGAAUGGUGUGAAGAGAGGGUCAGCGGCAGAGCAGGACGCAACAUCUGUGGCCAGUUCAACCCACUUCACAGUGGUUAAUGGCUUCACGAAACAGCGCCCCGGCAAAGAGCCCAAGACAUGCUGCUGCGAUCAUUCCCAUCAGAUCACAGUCCUUGUUAUAUCAAUGACUAUCUUGUUCUCCGCAUGCAUCCUUGCUGCCAUUUGUUUCGUCGAAAUGCGGAUGCGUAAGGAGACCGGAAUGUAUAAAUAUUCUUAAUUUAUCAAGAAAUUCGAAAAUUCAAUGCUAAAAGUAUUAAUUAUUUAAGUAGUUAUUAUUUUGUACAACAUUAUGUGCCUUGGACGUAGGCUAAGAAUAUAAAACAAGUUUUGUAUAUGCAAUUAAUGAAAAUUACUUUAUAAGGUACAUAAUAGAAUAGGAUAAUAGUGUACUUGUUUUCAUAGGUACCUAGUUAAAUGAUUCUAGUGCAAUAAACCCAGUUAUAUUUAUUCAAAAUGUAUUCACUUUUGUGGAAGCAUAUUAGGGACGAAAUUUUGUACUUUUAUUUAUUGUUAUUGCAUUAGUUAGUACUGGAAGUUAUAAACUAUGAUUUCUUCGCAAGUUCAUCUCAUAAUAAUUUAUAAAGACAGUGACAUACUUUUAUACAAUAACCAUCAAAAUAAAUUACUAUGAGUUUUAAGAAAGAGAA